AUGAAGCUAGAAAAUGCUUCACAAGCAUCAGACUUUCUCCUUCAUGGCUUUUCAUCUGAACCAGAAUUACAGCCCAUCAUCUUCAUGCUUUUCCUGUCCAUGUACCUGAUCACCAUCUUUGGGAACCUGCUCAUCAUCCUGGCUGUCAUUUCCGACCCCCACCUCCACACGCCCAUGUACUUCUUCCUGUCCAACCUGUCCUUUGUGGACAUCGGUUUCACCUCCACCACCAUCCCCAAGAUGCUGGCAAACAUCCAGACGCACAGCAAAGCCAUCACUUACAAAGCCUGCCUCACCCAGAUGUACUUUGUCAUACUCUUUGCAGUGUUGGACAUCUUUCUCCUGACUGUUAUGGCCUAUGACCGCUUCGUGGCCAUCUGCCAUCCUCUGCACUACACAGUCAUCAUGAACCCUCAGCUCUGUAGACAGCUGGUUCUGGGCUCCUGGGUCACCAGUGCCUUAAAUUCCUUGCUGCACUGUUUGAUGACCUUGCGAAUGUCCUUUUGCACAGACUUGGAAAUCCCGAAUUUUUUCUGUGAGCUGAAACCCAUUGUCCAGCUUGCUUGCUCCGACACCUUGAUCAAUAACGUGGUGAUGUAUUCUGCGGCCGUGGUGGUGGCCGGUGGUUCCCUGGUGGGCAUCCUUUACUCCUACUCGAAAAUUGUCUCCUCAAUCCUCAAGAUCUCCUCAGCUCAGGGCAAGUACAAAGCCUUUUCCACUUGUGCCUCCCAUCUCUCCGUGGUCUCUUUAUUUUUCUGUACUGUCCUAGGAAUAUAUCUUAGCUCUGCUGCAACCCACAGCUCACAAUCAAGUUCGAUCGCCUCCGUGAUGUACGCUGUGGUCACCCCCAUGCUGAACCCCUUCAUCUACAGCCUCAGAAACAAGGACAUCAAGAGGGCCCUCAGAACAUUGCUGGCCAAGGGGUCCACAAAAGUGCAGGGGUCCUAG